AUGACAACCACAACACAAUACAAAGAUAUUGAAACCAAAUCCUAUGAAGAUAUUACCAAGGCAGCCAAAGAUCUUGAUGUUUUCAAGAAGGGUAGAAAAACAAAGGAUGCUUUAAUCAAAAGAAUCCAAAAGAAAUUAGGUGAACCAGCAACAACCACCGCAAAACCAACUGCUAAAGCCGCCGCAAAACCAAAAGCCGUAGUCACUAAAGCUCCAACAACCACCGCAACCAACAAAUCAGCAGCAGCUAAAAAAGUCACUGAUAAAAAGAAAAAAGAAGAAGAAGAUAAAGAAGAAGAUGACAAAGAAGAAAAAUAA